GAUUCAGCCAGACAACCAACGAAUCAACUAAUUCCGGGGACGUUGAUGAAGAACUCUUUAUUGCAAAUAAUGAAGUCAUUUGGAGCAGAGGAAACGUCUUGUUAAAGAGCUUUAAAUUUGAGGAACCAGUUGUUCAAGCCUUGUUCGUCUGGUUCAAUGUAACAAAAGCUCAAAGAAAUUCAUGUGGAAAUCAAGCAGAUCUUAACACCAGAAAUACGAACAGAAUCGAGCGACAAAGAGCAUUGUUUGUUGUUCUUGAAAACUUGGCCAAAGUGUACUUUUUGGAUGGACAACAUUUUCUUAUUAGACUUCCGUCUUUAGUACGACGCGCGUGGGCUAUGAACGUUGGCGUCAUUCUUCAACGCGUUGUUGAAGAUAAAAUUCCUUCUAGUAUGACGAAAUUUUCACCAUGGCCAUUACCGACGCUAUACAGUCUUUUAGAUCCGUUGGAAGAAAUAAAACCUGUUUCUAUUGUAAAUGAAAUCAUAUAUAAUGGAUCCAAUAUUAGCAUAAAGGGAAUGACGCGUCCCUUUUCAGAUGUCGAUGAUAUAGUAGUUUUUGUCAACGACCGUGGGCAAGAUGGGAGUCCAAUUUUGGUUACUUUAAAUCGGAUAACUCUACGACACUCUAUUUAUAAAUAUGCGGUCAUAAAAGAAGAUAGUUUAAAGACUAAAUCAGAAGACAUAUUUGAUUUAAAAAUUA